UCUUACACUUAUGUGUCCCUUUCAUCAUCUCAACUUCUUGGCCAUUCUUAAAACUAAAAACAUUCUUCUUAUUCUAGCAGCAGCAUUAAUCCUGUCCUAGAAUCAUUCAGAGACCAAGAAGAAGAAGAAGAAGCCAUGGGAGGAGGCAACGGACAGAAGUCGAAGAUGGCUCGCCAGAGGAACAUGGAGAAGCAAAAAAAUGCUGCCAAAGGCAGCCAGCUUGAAUCAAACAAGAAAUCAAUGACAAUUCAGUGCAAGGUGUGUAUGCAAGUGUUUAUUUGCACCACGAGCGAGGUGAAGUGCAGGGAGCAUGCAGAAGCAAAACAUCCCAAAUCUGAUGUGUACACAUGUUUCCCUCAUCUUCAAAAAUGAAAAGUUCUUGACCCAAGAAGAAUAAAUUGUAGAAAUGUGUGUGAAGUUCAAUGUGGAGGUUCUGCAUAAAGAUCAUUUCUAGACUCUUGGAUGUUAAUUAGCUGAAAGCUAGGGGAAUAUGUUAUAAAAGUGCUUGUUUGUUGGUUGAUUGAA